AUGGACAUGAAGCAUCAAUUUAAGGAACUGCAGGGCCAGUUUAGGGAAUUGAUGGUGACAUUGGAGACGGAGGCUCUUGAAAAAUCAGAGAGCCUAGCGGCUCGUGCUGCCUCGCCUCCGAAGACGACCUCUACUCCUGGCACUAUGAUACUGACUACACCUAGUGGUGGUGGGGGGUUUAAGCUAGAAUCAGCACCAACAGUUGAGGAGGAAAUUAGUCUGCCCUUGUCAUGCCUCUCAUCAGAAAAUGAAAAUGAGGCUGACUUCCUGUUGGAAGAUGUCAAGCCUAACACUAACUUAGGGCGAAAGCAGGUUAGGUUAGAACAGCAUACCACUCCUGCUCGUGGUCUGCCUUCGGUCGUUACCGGUGCUCACGCGAGGGUGCCAUUGACCAGCACGGUAAAUCGUGGCGUAGCCACACCAGCGCGUGCUACCCGCGAUGAAGGUAGAAAUAGACGGACUCGCGACAGGUCGGACAACGAACGUCCUGCAAGGCACAGGCAUCGCAUCCCCGGUGAGCAACAUACGCGCCAAUCACAAGGCACGCGCCGUGCGCCUACAAGGCGCAGACGUGAUGAUUCGUCGGAGAGCGACGAAUCUGACCCCGAUUUCUCCAGUGAGGGGGAGGGGAACAGCGAUACAGAUUCAGGGGACUCCUCCGAUGACUACGAAAGGCAUCGUCAAAGGAGUAGAAGUCCUCAGCGACACAAGAUGCCCACUUACUCGGGUAAAGAGCGCUCGGAACCAUUCGCUCUUAAAUUCACCAGGAUAAUAUAG